AUGUCCUUCACCAACACCAUAGGCUACUACCUUGCGGUGGUGAUAUUGUCGUGGAUUGCGUUCUGGUACGCCGUGUAUCUCGUGACGGGGCUCCAUCUCUCGUCAUUCACCAUCAACAACGGCUUUCUGUUCAAUGGCAUCUCCUACACCUCCAGCACCGUCAACGUGCUGUUGGGGUCGCUCCGGUUCCGUCUUUGGGGCAAUACCCGCAAGAUCAUCCUUGACGACUUGGUGGUGACCUUUUCUCGUGGAAAUUCCGGUCGUAGCCGAGUCCGUGGCCGCAAGAAGCGGGCCUCUCAUCAUGAGCCACCACUGGCAAAAUUCGAAGUGUUCCCUCGAAGAGCCAUUCCUCGAGCCAUUGUCAGGUAUAUCGCCUGCCACUGCCCAUUCGUGGACGUCGAGCUUCGAAACUCGUCGGUGGAGCUCGCUAAAGACCACCAUGUCUCUGUGGAGUACGCAAAAUUCACCUUGGGGUCGACUUCCACCAAGUGGGAACCCCACAAGGCCCGCUACGAUACCACAAUCGUGUUGAACAACACCUCGCAUGCCAUUGGCAGCUGCACUCCGGUGGAGCUCGUCAAUUUCAAGGUUCAAGUGGAACUACAGCUCGACACCGUCUCGGGAGUCAUCGACGAUUUGAAGCUGCGAAUCUUCAUGAACGACUUGACGGUGCUGGCGUUCAGCGUGAUCAAGUACUUCCUUAUCGACUUGUACGAGGCCAUGGAGGAGAAACAUGCCACAGAAAAUCAAGAGCAUCAGCAUGAAAAACUGGUCCAAAAGGUCCAAAACCAGCAUGAAAACCAGCCACAGCAAGCCAAAGACAAACUUCACAGAACAGUGUCGGAAAUCUCCAUCCACCUCGAGAACAUCAACUUGGUGGAAAUCCCUUUCGCCACCAUCGUCGACAACCAGGACUUCUCCCAGUAUUUUGGCUCCGAUACCCCCAAGACCUCGUUAGAUUUAUCGAUCAAAUCGUCGUUUUUCAACAUCUCGAAAUUGCAAAAGGACGCUGCUGGCUUCGAGGCUGUUUUCGACCCAUUGAUCGACAGCCCCUUCCAUUACGUCUCGUCGGUACAAUUGCUCCGGUUACACUUCUCCAAGCUUGUGGAUGUCAAUGGCCAUAUCGCCAAAAACUCCGACGAAGUGCUCAAUGUGCCCAACUGGUCCUUCACAUACAAGACAAAUAUCUUCGACCAUUUGGUCCGAGGCGACGGUUUCAAGAACUGCGUGUUAGAGUUGUUUGCAUCUGCUUCGAGCCCCAUUUUGGACUUGGACACCCACCAAGUAAGCGAGCUUUUCUACAAUUUGGUGUUGUUCAAGAAGUUCAUGAAAUUGAGAAGCGUGAAGAAAAUAUCCAGAAAAACACCUAAACCUGUCGAAGACGACGAGAAUGAGAGCCAGGAUGCCACCAUGAUCGAGGGUUCGGACGACGAGCCUGGCCCACCUGUAUCACAAGGAACGGUAAUUAGGGAAUAUAUCCUCAAGCUCCUUAAUGACUAUUACCCAAGAUUGGACCUCAAAUUCAUCGUGGAGCAACCCAGAAUUAUUAUCAGACACUACGAUACCCCCAACCAAAAAGUCCAGAUCCUCAACUUCUCAUAUUCCUUGCUCGACUUCCAUCUCCACACCACGGACUCCAGAAAUUACGACUCAAACUGUCAGAUUCUCAGUCCUUCUAUUCGUUAUCUCGAGAAAGCACUCAAAUCGACAGCCACCAGAAGCGAAGAACUAAUCAACCAAAACAUUGUCAAGGUUCAGCAGGCAGACUUCAAGUUCGAAAUCCUCAAAAACCUCAAGUUCAAGUGUAAGGCUGAAAUCGAGGAGGCGGUGAUCGACUUGACCAAGUUGGAUAUUCUUAGAGGAAUCCACAAUUUCCUUAAGGAUAUCGUGGGAAUGGCCGAAAAAGACUUGAGUAUAGGAGUCAUCAACGACUUCUUGAAUAAAGAGAUCGUUCGGGUCAGACAGUCGUUAUUCCAAAAUAGGCCAAUUUAUCCUCCCAUAAAGCUGACUUUGGAAGAGAAGAUCUUCAAGUAUCUCCCUGCUUGGAUUUUGGAAUGCCAGAUGGAUUUGAGAUCGGUCAAUAUCUUAUUGGGGUCGAGGUCGGUAUUAAUUCCUCGUGAGUUCAUCACCAAAAUGGGCGAGGGUUUUAAUGACGAUCUAACUCGCGACCACCAUGGCUUGAGAUACGUCAAAUUCAGCUUGGAUGAGUUUUCAUUGACUCUUAACAACAACGACAUGUCAGAAUUCCAUGAGCCCAACUUCGAUGACAUUGUUCCCGUUUUAACUACCUCCACGGCAUCGCUGGAGACAUUGACCCCUUCAUUCAAUGAAUCACAUUACUGGGGUGUCCAAUCGAAGAUAGGUAAUUUGAAUACUUCUAUGUACCUUAACUUACAGGGAAAGGAGUCAAAAUUGGCUACAUUUUUGAGCUUGCCAUCUAUCACAUUCAACAUCCAGGCCAUUGUGAAUGAACUGCAUCAGAACCAGUUGAAGGUCGACAUGAGCAUGGACCAGUUCAGGGUCAGUUAUGAUAGAUACAAAGCAUUUGUGUUGAUCGGGGCCUUCUACCUUAUGAGGGAAUUUUUGUUCGUUCCCAUUAAAGAAAUGCUUGGGAAGUUCAAGCGUGACUUGAAGAAGUAUCUGACCCAGCCAUUAUCGCCCAACCCAACUUACGAGAAGAAAUUGAAGGAUUUCAUCACUGUCGAAUUUACUAUUCAUGACAUUUCUAUUUUGGCGCACUUGGGAGAUGAUUUCAAGACCAAGUUCCAGAUCCUAAAAUCUUUCAUCACCUUUGAAGAUGGAAUCGUAACGGUCAACAACGAAUUCUUGAGAGGUUUGACGGAAUCCCCAUUGGUUAAAAACCGUUGGUGUCGUAUUUUGUGCUCUGAUAAUCUCAAGGUGGUUGUGAACGAUCCAAAUUCGGCAGAAAAGAUUGACAUUCACACUGAUUCCAUCCGGAUAAUUCAACCUCAUGGAUUUGUUGCCCAUAGACUUUUCGACAACCUUUCUGCCACCAUAAAGGUCAUGAAAUAUAUUGUCCAAUGUCUUUUGCUCGAAGCCAACAACCGUCACAAGGUGAUUCAACCCAAGGAAUCAAAAACCGUGAAAAUGCCCAAGCUUCGGAUCAGAUCCAAUAAGCUUGCAUUCAGCAUGGAGGACGAUCCAUUUGAAAGUGAACUCAACAUGAUUUACCAGUUGGGGUUAAUUGAACAAAGAAAGCGUAUCGAACAGGAGAGUUUAUUCGAAUCGAAAGCGGCCAAGGCCAAUCAUCCAAUGACCCAAGAGAGAGAAAACUUGUACCACAACUUCUCGAUGUCUUGGAUCAGAAAAGUCAAGAUUUAUAAGGCAGAGUUGAAGAAGGAAGUGAUUGAAAACAAGAAGCAUUUAUUUGGAAACGAAGCCACUCUUGCCAAGCUGUACAACGAGGGCAUAGUUACGUACCCAAGUUGCGCACCACUUUUGUUCAUCAUGAUGAAGCGGUUGGAUUUGAGAAUUCGCAAACCACAAUUUGAGUGGGACCACCUUCCACAAUUUCUCCAUGACUUGGGUCAAGGUAUGCCGAAGGAUAUGAAGUACUCCUUGAAUGUGCCGAUGUACAUGGAUCUUAAGUUGGACGAAUUGAGGAUGCAUCUUAGGGACUAUCCAUUGCCUAUUUUGUACGUUCCUGAAAAUGUCAGUUCUAAGAGACCCUGUCUUUCGUUGAAGGGCCAUUUGAUCAUUACCGAAGAACUCAUCAAAGAUAAAGAGCAUGUAAGAAACAAUCAUGUUCCAUUGUCGUUAAAUGUCAAGAAUAGUGAAGAGGAUAAAUUCUAUGCAGUUACCAUAGCAAAAUCUUUGUCUACUGUCAAGCUUUUCACCGAACUCAAGUGUGACUUCGACUCCGACCUACCAGCUCGGUUUGUAUGGGGUCAAUCGCUUCAGUUUGGUAUUCAGCAAGCUAUGCUCAAUUUCGAUCAAUUUUCCAAGCCUCCUGUGGACCCAUCAGUCAAGCUUGGGUUCUGGGAUAAGAUGAAAUUAAUCAUGCAUGGAAAGUGCCAGAUCAGAAUCAAAAAGAGCUUGGAAGUUGCUUUCAAAGGCUCCAGUGACCCCUAUGAUUUAUUUGAUACAUCCUCAGGAUUCGUUCUAUCAUUCAAGGAUGAUGUUGUGUGGAAGAUCAAUGAGCAUGAUGAUUCGAGGCUGUUCUUCGACAUCGAGUCCGAAAACUUGUCGUGGUACAUUCCCAACUACCUUGCAGCGCCAUUAAUUUCAUGGACGCGUGAAAGUUCCAAAGCUAUCUAUUUCCCAGACUCCAAGGCAUUUAUCACCUCCUGUUUCGGCUAUUAUCUUCAGGAUCACAACAUGGAGGCAGCUCUGUCUAAAUUUAGCUCGAACGUACUAGAAAAGAACGUUGUCAAUUUAAGUGGAGGAGUACAUUUCAGAGUAGGGUUUUUGCUUCAGAGAAAAAAUAAAGAUGGCCAAAGAACGUCCGAAUGCAAGCCUCAUUAUGACGUGAAGUUAUUUAAUCCAGAUUUCACCAAAAAAGACCACGAUUCUUAUAAAGGAUUCAGGAGUGAAUUUAUUCAUAUGGCCAUUUCUUUCAAUGCAAACAGAGAAUCCAGUUACAACUCGAUCCACCUCAGCCCCAAGACAUUCCUUCAAUUCUUCAGAUGGUGGAAAUUAUUCUCAGGGAACAUGUCCUUACCAAUAAGAAGAGGGAAGAUGUUCGGGGAAACUCAGAAAGCUCUGAAAUUUUCCCAGUUAUUGUACACCAACAAGUUCGAGUUUAAUUUUAGAUUGUUGUUCUUGUCUCAUAUUUAUCAGGACGAAUCGAUUUCUAAGGAUGGCGACAGAAUUGAAUUUGUGGGAAUCAGAGCAAUGAUUGAUCAGUUCUCAGUCGACUUGCAUCAAAGAAAGGAGUCCGUCAUCCAGGUUCACGAAGAAUUGUCUCGAAAUCAAAAGGCCAUGAAAAUGAACUUUAAUGUUGGAGAAGUACAUCUUUCAAAGAUCGAUCUAAGGGUUAUACACGCAGUUUUCAAGCAAGAUAUCUACAACAAUAACUCGUUCGACCAAUUGAAGGACGAUGACGAGAGGAAUAACUACAAGAUUUUUGAUAAUGACAAGAGAUGGUUCGACAUACAAGAUUUUGAGGAAGCAUUUUCCUUAUCGUUGAGAAAUUGUCCAAGGACUUUUAGCAUUUAUCCUUUGAUGUAUGCCAAAAGGUUUUCCUAUGUCAGAGACACCUCAUCUGACGACAAGCAAGAUGAUUCAUUUGGUGACGAGGACACGCACAAGUGUUCCUUGAACUCUAAUAAUGUGUUCCAACCCCAGAUCGAAUCCUUGGAAGAAAGAUUGCAAGAAUUGAAGGAGCAGAUUAGUAAGAACCAACGUAAGGGUGCUCCUAUGGGUGCAUUACAGAAGAGAGUUGACUUUCUUCAAAAUGAUGCUUCCUCUGAAUCUUGGGCAUCUGCUCAUUCUGAAUCGUCCACCUCAGGAAUGGAUUCAAAGGAACAUUUCAAUAACAAAUUCAUCCUCAUCAAUAUGCUACUCAAGUGGAACUUCAAGAACAGAAAUUAUCUCCUCAAGUAUAUUCAUUUUGUACAACUCAAGAAAUUUCUUAGGCAAUACCUUUCAUACGAAUCCAUCGCAGCAAUUGAAGAAAUCAUGGAGAAGAAUUCAAACCAAGACGUACCAAGCUUGUCUACCGGUUACAAAAGCAAUUCGUCCUACCCUUCACAAAAUCCAGAAAAUCAAAAGUCUAAGCUUUCUUCAAGUGAGAGAUUAGAGAGGUUUGACCAAAUUCUCCGAGAUGUUCCCGAGUUUCAGGGCAUAUCCGAGGAUUAUCGGAUUGAAAUAAUCUCCCCACAGAUCCAAUUACAAAGCGACGAUGAGCCUGAUUCCGUGGUGCUUAUUUCCACUCCAAAGAUCGACUCGAAGAUUGUUUCUGUGGUGAACAAGAAUAGCGAAGGCACUCUUGACAACUCCAAAGAAUUUGCUACCAGAUUCGGAAUCAUGAUGAAGCAUGCCAACAUUUUUGUUUUACAGAAAGAAGACGUGGUGGGCUCCAAUCUCGGCAUUUUGAGCAGAAACACCUAUGGAGCUCGCUCGAACUGGCCACCAUGGCUUGGGAUUGAAAUCUGCAAGAAUGGAUUAUGGGCCGGAGAAGACAAAUUGUUGGUUGAAAAAACGUCACUUAUGAUUAUGUACGAGCAGAUCAAACCAUUGGGUGCAAGAAUAGGUGAGGGCGAAGGAGAUGAAGAUGAAGGUGAAGAUGAUGAUAGUGAAAAUGCCAGUGACGUUAGUGCCAGUGACAAAAUCGGGCCUGUUGAUAAGCUCUUUGUUGAUUUCCCCAAGCUUAUCAUUUCAUCCACGUCCAAGCAAUAUUUCACGCUUUACAUCAUCGUCUUGAGCCUCCUCUUCUACACCGAGCCCAUGAGCAAAGAAAUCAGUGAAAAGCUUGAAAAGCUCAAAUUUUCAAUUGACUUCCAAGACCUCACUUCUAUUCACUCCAGAUUGAAGGAGCUCCAUAACUACUACAACAUCUUGAAGAUGUUGAUGUUGAAUUAUGGCUUCCGGCAAAACACAUUGACCAAUGAAGAGUUGAACAACUUCCUCCUCUUGAACAUGGAAAAGGGAGAAGUUGUCACCGAGAUAUAUUUGAUGAUGCACAGCAUCUUGACAGGUGACUUCUACAACGAUCAAUCAUCAUCCAAACCCAAGGCCAACUGGUUUUUCAAAGCAGACGAGAUCAUUCUCCAUAUGUUGGAAGAUGAUAGGACGCCUAUCCUAGACAUUGCGUUGGCCAAGGGAUCAUACCGAAGAAUUGUAAAUGAGGACGGGUCCAACGAUAACAAACUUGACAUUGGGAUGAUCCAGGGGUUCAAUCUUAUUAAAAAUUCUAAGUACCAGGAGUUUUUGGAACCGAUGAAUGUGGAUAAGAUUAAGCCCGGGAACUUGAUUACUGUAGACUGGACUAUGAAUAAGCCAGUCGGUGGUAUCAAGAUAAUUGAGAAUUUCGAAAUCUCAUCUCAAGCCCUCAGCUUAAAGAUUGACGAAGUUACAGGAAAGAAGUUGAUGUUGUUCAUAUUUGGAAGCGACACCGAUAUUGAAGAAAGUCCUUUGUUAACUGUUGUCAACCGCGAAAAUGACGGAGACAGCGAAGACGAAGAUGACGAUGGUUUGAACGCUACAGGCUUGAAUGGAGGUUUCCUUGAAGCCAACGAUGGAAUCAACAAGAAAGAAGAGUACGAGGAGCUCAAGGACGAGAAAAGUGAAUCGAAGAGAUCGCUUUCUCGGAGAAGAUUUUCCAAGAACUUUUCACUGAACUCUUCCUCGUCCUUGGUCGACAAUGAAUAUCAGGACCAAAUCAAUAAUAUGAUUGAAAGAUCCAAGAAGUACUUCAGUUUUGUUUCGUUCAAACUUCAGCCUAUUUCCCUCCUGAUCUCUAUCAGCCUCAACAAGGGCUACAAGCGCUUGUUGAAUGUCCAAGACUUUUCAAUCCAUUUACCAGAGUUCAUCAUUCAAAAGAAGGUUUUGUCGUUCUUGGAAGUAUCUACUUUGUUACAAAAAAUGGUGAUUAAGACCUUGUUAAGUCAUUCAGGCAAGCUCUUGAAGAAUAAGUUUUCUGUCAAGAAGAAGCUGUCCAAGAAAUUGAUGAAACCCUUGAAACCAUUGAAAAGAUAUGUCAGAUUCACACCAGUCGACGAGCUACAACUGCGGACCACAAACGAAGUCAUGAGCGUAGUCGAAUGA